AUGGACGAGGCAGCACUUCCUAGAAGUAUGCCUGACUCCAUCGAGGCAGACAGUGCCAAAGUAACUGGAAAGCGUCGCUGGGUGGACGAUGAAGACCCGAACACUGACUCAGAUGCAGAUUCUGAUGAAAUCUCAAUAAAAUCUACAAAGUCCUUCGAAGCCCAAAAUAUAGAAUAUGUUCUGGAGCAUGGCCGACGAUAUUGUAACGACACAUACUUCAUGCCAAAUGACGAGGCUGAACAAACCCGGCUAAAUAUAACUCACCAGAUGUGCAUGAUAAUUUUCGACGGGAGCCUCAUAAACGUGCCUUUGGUCAAACAAACAGCUCGCAUCCUGGACAUUGGUACAGGGCCAGGCGACUGGGCCAUUGAGAUGAGCGCCGCCUACCCUAGCGCCACCAUCGUUGCAACCGACAUAGGCGUCUUUGACAACGGCCUCGGCAGCACUAUCGAUCUCCCCAAUGUGAGUUUCCAGCUCGAUGACGCCCGGAACGAAUGGACCUACCAUGAGCCAUUCGACCUGAUCCAUCUCCGCGGCCUCGCGGGCGCCUUCUCAGAUUGGUCCUCCAUCUAUAGGCAGGCAUUCCGCCAUUUAGUUCCAGGUGGAUAUAUUGAGGUCAGCGACGCAGACCCAGCAGCGGAUACAGUCUCCUUCCCGAAUUCGGAAGAUUCCUACCUUAACACCUUAACGUCUGCUAUGCGCUCUGCCGCUGGAACCACAGGCUAUCCGCGCGAUCUAUGCCAUCUCCUCCCCAGCGUCCUAACUGCAGCGGGAUUCGUUGACGUCCGAGUCAUAGAACGUACAAUCCCAGUCGGGACCUGGACCAAUGAUCCGCGUGAGAAAACCCUAGGGAAGAUGGCUCUUAUAGCGCUCCUCGAAGGCUUGGAGGCUUAUAGUCUGCGUCCUCUCACCGCGACGGGGAAUUGGACGGAGGAAGGAGUGCGUGAUCUCUGCGCCAAGGUGAAAAUUGAAAUCCUAGCUGCGGAGAAAAUUACAGCCUGUGUAAAAACAGUGACAGCACGCAAACCGUUCUCGAGGGCGCAUUUGCGAAGGAAUGAGUUGCUAGAGAAGCUGAAACAGAUCGAUAAUGAGAUGAAUUUGGAUUCGAGCUUGACUUAAGGUGGUUUGUGCCGACAAUAGUCGGUUUAUGCUAUUAUACCCCAUUUGCUUUCAUGUUGUUAUGGCAUAGUAGAUGCAAAGCGUCCUGCUGCUUGGGAUGUUUAUGUUAGGAGAAGUACCUGGCCCAAGUGUCUAAAGCCGAAAACGAGCAAUCUCCUUAAAACCGCGCUCGCAAGUUUCGAGCUCAGGU